AUGUAAAACACUGCAUUCUGUUUUUUUCCAAAUAUGUGUCCCUGAAUGUGCUGCUGUCACGGGAAGACUUUGCCUCCGCCCCCACGCAGGUGUUGACAGGUGACUGAGUUCUGCAGCGUCAUUUCACCCUGAAGCUAUCAAAGAAGGACGAUGGAGUGGAGUCAGGCGACACAGGGUCAACAGGAUCCUUUAACCUGGUUCACGGAGUCCCAGCUCAGGUCUUUGUUCAGGAACGGCUCGGUUCCAGAUUGGUUUCAUGGGAUCAUUACGAGGAAGACAGCAGAAGAGCGGCUCACGUUGAAGCCGCCCGGCUACUUCCUCAUCAGAGUCAGCGAGAGCAGAGUUGGCUACACCCUCUCAUAUCGUGAAGACGAACACUGCAGACACUUCAUGAUUGAUGUCCUGGAGGACGGCCAGUACAUCAUAUUAGGGGAGAACAGGACUCACAGGAGUCUGCAGGACCUGGUGGACUUUCACUGCCGGAAUCCCAUCAUGCCUUUCAAUCAGGUGCUCACAGUUGCUUGUGGAAAGUCAUCAGCUGACCGUACAGACUAUGCAGAAAUACUGUUCUCCCAAAGACCCCGAAGCUACACCACCAGUCUGCUACCAAAUAACCUCCGACAAUCCAACCCGAGUCACCCACAACUGGCGGACGAGAUCCCACCCGCCCUUCCUUAUCGACCCAACAACCUGAGGAACUCUGUACUCUUUCUCCCAAACAGCCAACCAAACAAACUCUACCCUAGUUUGGAGGACGAUUUCCAACACUUCACCUCUCCUCUUCCUGCUUCGCCAGCACCAAAUAUGAGGAAUAGCUCUCCGUGUAUCCAGCCUCCUGAAGUCCCUUUGAGGAAUCAUGUUGUCCAAAAGCAAAACCUUGUCUGCAGCAGAACAACCUCGGUGUCCGACAGCUCCUCUACACCGUCAGCCACCGAGAGAAAACUCUUCACCAACAUCCAGCCAGUGAAGUUACAUGAUCUGAGGCCAUCAGUAGCUGUGAACCUAAAGAGCCUCAAGAAGAAAUUCCAGAAGAAGAUGAGCAACCCACAGGAAAACGUCUAUGCAGAGAUUACUAAUGGGCCAAAUGACAGCAGCGAAGUCAUAGAAAACGAAUACCAGGAAAUCACAGGAGAGCUCACAUUUCGUGUUCCCCCUCAACACCACACAGACGUGAGACUAAACGAUCAAAUGCUACCUCAAGAGUACAGAUCACCUCCACCUUUUGCUCCAGGUUACUGAGAUACUGGCAUUCAUUUUAAAGCUUCCCCUAUUGACUGUGUUGUGAAUUACACUGCAACCCCAUCAGUAGAUAGUAAGGAGAAAUCGCCGGAUCAAGAAAUCUUGACUACAAAUUUGUGAUGUGUAGAAAGGGGAUGAAUAAAAUGCAGGCGUGUAUUUUGUUUCCACAACAUAAACCUCCAUAUAUAACUUGUAUGACAUCUUUCUUUGAAAACUGAUUAUCCAAAUUAAUCCAGAUCUAAUUUGGCUUUAAAAAAAUAUUUUUGUUCCGUUUAGACAGAGUCAGAUUCACUGUUACACUGUUUGAAUUUUUUGUGACAACCUACAAAGCAACACAUGUAAAUAAAGGUAACCUGCUGCAAUUUUAGGCAUUAACUUUCCAUAAAUGUUUUACACUUCAAUGAAGUAACAAAUCCCUGCAAAGAAAACUUGUGAAAAUAUUUUUGUUGAGUCUUACAGCAGACAAAUGGGUGAUACAUUUGAUAACAUCUGUUAUCAAAAAGGUGCAACUGAAAGAGAGAAAAUGAAUACUGGUCAUGCUGGUUUCACAGCUAUAAAGUGAGUUAAAACAGUUGUUGCAAACAGUUUUCAUUGAAAUACUGUAUGUAUAAUGUAUAAUAUGUACCUUUGUAACUUUCUAAUGUAUAUUCAAUGCAGACUUUGGUGGUUGCAAAACUUGUUAUUUCACAUGUAUACUUUUGAUAUGUAGAUGUAAUAUCGUUAAAUGAC